AGCUCAUAUCUGUGGACACUUUUAACUGAGGUUGCUUUAGAAGCAAUAAGAAAUGGAGCUGACAUUUUGAAUGAUGUCUCUAUAGGAAGUUUAGACCCGAAUAUGAAUAAAGUUGUUGCGGAUUCCGAUGUUCCUUAUAUGAUCAAGCACAUGAGAGGAGAUCCAUGUACAAUGCAAAACAAAGAGAAUUUGGAGUAUAAUGAUAUAUGCAAAGAAGUUGCUCCAGAGCUUUAUGAGAGAGUAAAAGAGGCAGAACUCUCUGGGAUUCCAGCUUGGAGGAUUAUGAUUGAUCCAGGAAUUGGAUUUUCUAAGGGAAUAGAUCAUAAUUUAGAUAUUAUCAUGGAGCUACCAAAAAUCAGGGAAGAGAUGGGUAAGAAGAGUAUAGGUUUGUCUCAUGCACCUAUACUUAUAGGACCUUCAAGGAAGAGAUUUUUGGGAGAUAUUUGUGGUCGUCCUGAAGCAAGUGAAAGAGAUCCUGCAACUGUUGCUUGUGUUACUGCAGGGAUAUUAAAAGGUGCUAAUAUUAUUAGAGUUCAUAAUGUUAGAGAUAAUGUAGACGCGGCAAGGCUAUGCGAUGCAAUAAUGAUGAAGAAAAAAAGGUCAAAAAGGACGAUUAGUAUAUGAUUUGUAGCAUGGUUUUAAGAACAUACAUAUGUACUUAAGAUGUUUUAAAAAUGAUGUUAACAAUAAGUUUCAUUUGUUUUUCCCUGAUAAAUUCAGUUCAUUUUA